CAUCAUUCUACUUAGCUGCUGCUCUAUUUAACUGCCCUGUCGCUCUCAAUUCUCUUCCAAUCUCUCUCAAAAAAAAAAAUUAAAAUCCUUUCUUUUUAUUUCUCAAAAAUUAAAAAAAAAUGUUGUCAAGAACAAAUUCUGUUGGCUGGUUGAAUGAAAGAAAUGAGGAAAAUCCAUCAGUUACAUGGAACAGAAAUCCUUGUGCUGAUGCUGCUGCUGCUGUUGCUGUUGCUGUUGCAGUUGGGGGUAACAAUGGCGGCGGCCGAGGCGACAACAGAGAAGAACUUGUUGAUGGGGUUGAUGUUGCUUCAUUAGCAACUUUCAAAUCAAUGCUUGAAGUUGAGAAUGAGUGGUAUAACACUAUCACUAAUCCAAAUUCUAUUACUUUUUCAACUCCAAAUGAGGGUUCUGAAAAUUUGCUGUUAAAUCAUAUUGAUUCAUCUUCAUCUUGUUCACCUUCACCCUCUGUUUUUAACUCAAAUUCUUACUUGUUUUCUUCAAAACCCACCAUUUUUAACAACCCUUUAACUCAAGGGUUUGAUCUUGGAAGUAAUGGGUUUUUUCAGGACACCCAACAACAGCAUCAUCAUCAUAAUCACCAAAUUCCUGAUUUGAUGAACAGAGGUGUUGUUGGUGGUGGGAUUUUAACUGGGUUUAGUGAAUUUAGUACUCAAAAUGAAAUGGAUAGUCCAAAUUUGGGGUCUAAUCCUCAUUUUACAAGUUUUCAAUUGGGAGAAAAUGAUGGAUUUGGAGUUGGUUCAGGUUCAGGUUCCGGUUCAGGUUCUCGAUUUCGAGGGUUUGACGAAGGGUUAGGGAAUACAAUGUUUAUGAAUAGAGCAUCAAAGUUGUUAAAACCUCUAGAUAAUUCUGCACCUGUUGGUGCACAACCUACUCUUUUUCAGAAAAGAGCAGCCCUUAGAAAAAGUGGGUUUGCUAAUAAUAAUAGUAAUAAUAAUGAUGAUUCUGGUAAUUUGGGUGGAAAUUCUGGGUUGAAUUCUGGGGAAAAUUCUGGGGGUGAUAAUAAUAAUGAUAAGAAGAGGAAAUUUGGGAAUUUGGGUGUUUUAGAUAGUGUUAGUUUAGAUGGCUCAGCUUUUAAUUAUGAUUCUGAUGAUUUUACCGAGAAUAACAAUUUUAAGAUUGGUGGAGAUGAUGGGGGUAAAAAUGGUGGUACUAAUUCCAAUAAUACUAGCACAUUAACAGGGGGCGAUUCCAAAGGUAAAAAGAAGGGCCUACCGGCUAAGAACCUAAUGGCCGAAAGGCGGCGUCGUAAGAAGCUCAAUGAUAGGCUAUACAUGCUAAGAUCUGUCGUCCCCAAGAUCAGUAAGAUGGAUAGGGCUUCAAUACUUGGGGAUGCUAUUGAGUAUUUGAAGGAGCUGCUGCAAAAGAUCAAUGAUCUCCACAAUGAACUGGAAUUGACACCCUCUUCAUUGCCGCUGCCAACAAAUUUCCAUCCUUUAACACCGACACUGCCUAACUUGCCAUCUCGAAUCAAGGAAGAACUCUGUCCUAGCUCGUUGCCAAGCCCCAAUGGUCAGCCUGCAAGGAUUGAGGUGAGGCUAAGGGAAGGAAGAGCUGUCAACAUACACAUGUUCUGCGGCCGCAGACCAGGUCUCUUGCUCUCUACCAUGAAGACCUUAGAUGGUCUUGGUUUAGACAUCCAGCAAGCAGUGAUCAGCUGCUUCAAUGGCUUUGCUAUGGACAUUUUCCGCGCUGAGCAAUGCAAGGAUGGGCAGGAUCUGCACCCUGACCAAAUCAAAGCUAUGCUCUUGGAUUUAACCACCUUCCAUGGCUCGACAGUAGUGGGAAACGGCAACGUGUGAAUCAAAUGGUGACUGUUGUUUCAAGAUUUGGAUCCAAAGAAGAUGAUUAAGGAAGUUUGUUGUUUUCAAAACAUGUUUGUUUUUACCCCCUUUAAGAACUAUUUUUAGUUUAAGAGAUAUUUGAAGUUGUAAUGGUGGUCAGCUUGAAGGCUUUUGUGCUAUUCUUAGUUUGAUCUACCUUCAUUUUCAUUUUAGGUGCUUUUGAUUUUCUGGAUUAGCUUAUCUGUAGUUUUUACAAUUUUAAUAGAAGUAAACUUUUCAUAAAUUUCCAAUUGUUUGGAUAUACCUGACCAAAGAUGAGAAUUUAAUAUUUACUCGUAUAUUUGGUAUAGAUUUUUCUCGAACUCUUUUAGAUGAGAUUUUCCAUACAUUUAAAAAGUCGCCUCUUUUUACUUGAAAAAAAAAA